AUGGAAGAAAACACAUCUCCCAUUCUCCUCCUUGAACAACCACCACAAACAUCUCUAAACUACUGGUCCAAUGAGGAAACCGCAACCCUUAUCGAAGCGUAUCGUAAUAAAUGGUACUAUCUCAAGCUAGCUAAACUAAGGGGCACCCAUUGGCAACAAAUUGUUGAUGAAGUUAUGGCUAGAUGCAACACACAUAAAACAGUUAUUCAGUGUCGUCGCAAAAUGAGCGACCUUAAAAAACGUUAUCAUGAUGAACUCAAACGUGCCCGUAACCCGAAACCAAAAAAGUAUGCAUGGGUUGAGAGAUGGGUUCAUUUUCAAAGAAUGGAUUUUAUGGUAAAUGGUUAUGGGUUGAUGGAUCUUCAUGCUAAGAAAGAGGAAGAUGAUGAUGAACAAGAAGAAAAAGAAAGAGAAGAUGGGGAGAAUCAAGAAUUUUACAGUUAUGGAAUACGGGCUAAAUCUCAUGUUUGGGUCAUGGAUCAUGGUUUGGAUCCAAGUCAGGAUUUUGGGUCGGGUCAGGGUUUGGGUGGUGGGUAUGUUGAGGGAGGGAUUGAAUUUGGAAAAUCUGAAGAUGGCGAUGAAAGUUCUGAUGUUUUCGUGGAGAUUGUGGAGACGUUGGAAGAUGAUCGAGUUUCUGACGAUAAGUAA